CAUUGUGGUGGGACAGUGGGAGAGAGAGGGAGAGAGCUGGCAUGAGCGGGUUUGGGGAGAUAAUCGCGAGCGCCGUGGGGAAACAAGUCGCGGGCAAGCUCGGUGAACUCGCCACAGAGGAGGCCACCCUGCAGUGGAAGUUCAAGGACGAUGUUGAUGUCAUGGCGGACAAGAUGCAAGAUCUGGAGGCCGUUUUGCAUGAUGCGGAUGAUAGGCUGCGUCGACGAGGAAGAGAUGGGGAAGCUGUUGGGCGGUGGCUCACCAAAUUCAAGUCCGUCGCCUACGACGUCGAGGACGUGCUGGACGAUCUGGACGCCACCGAGCUCUUAAAGAAGAGCCAACCAAAGGUAUACUUGCUUAUUACAUUCCUCUGUUGUAAGGUCGUGGUCCAGAGUUUUGUCUUGCAUUUUAGGAUUAUUAAUUAUGGAUUCAUAGUUACAUGCCAUGCUCAAAGCAAAAGAGGCGCAUUGAAUCUCAACAGUUGUUUAUAAUUUGUAUUCAUGUCGUUUUUUCUUAUUUCUCGAUUGCUUGAAAAAUUCUUUCAAAAGUACCCUCCCUUAACCCAUGGAUAGGCCGGUACACCUACAUAUUCUACAUCAGCUAGCCUAUCCCGGAAGAGGUCACACUAUCUACUCAACUAAGCCAGAGCCUAUAAUGGCAUGUGGCUGCACACGUAAGCUUCUAGACAUGAAAACAUGUUUGAUCCAUUUGAUCCUGAGCGGACGAACCACUAGUGUGCACUCCCAUGGAUUCCCCAUGAAUGCUCCCACUGUACUUCGCCACCAUUCAAACCAAUUCCGCCCAGGUAGUUUAUUAAUUAUCUUAGGUCAUGUUUACUACACUGUCACUCAUACUUUAUCAUGAAUCACUCCCCAAUCCACGUCUACAUUACCGAAGCUAUAUGAUAUACAACGGUGGUGACAAUGUUGUAAGGUUCAGACCUACCUCAAUGGAACUACUGGGUGUAAAAGAUAGCCAUCCGACAUAAAUUCCUAUCAUGCAAUCCUACCGCAAAGGACUAAGUGCAUAUAAAAACAUAGGUAAUGAAAACAUGAUCAAGAUGUAAACUUGCUUUGGUACCGCUGGUUCAACUCUAGAGAAUGAUAGUACUCGGCUUCGCACUCCGGACAAUCUAUCGUCAAGGUAAAUAAACAUACAUAAGCAAUCAUUUCCAAGAAUCAAAAUAACACGCAACAUGCAAAGACUCGGAAAAUCCAAAUGAAAAUCCAACACACUUAACUUGUAUGAAAAUUUCGAAGUGCAAAAACAACAUGUGACAUAUGGUUCGGAAUGUGAUGUGAACUAAAGUGCAUAAAAGGCAUAGUAGUAAAACUAUCAUGGACAGAUCCUAAUUGUGUGAAAAAAAUGUAACAAUGGUCCAAGUUAUAGGAUUUGGCUAUGGUGACAAAAUGCAAAAAGAAUCAAUUCAAACGGGGUUAAAGUUUAGGAGAUAUCGAAGGGGUACUGGCUGGCCGCCAUAUAGGAAAUUCAAGACGGUAGAAGAGUUCGGUCUGCCCAGUAAGAUCCUCAAAUUCACCACGGCCAUGCGUAGUAGAUUUGAAUGUGCAUUGCUAAAUCUGUUGCUUAAAUAUAUACUGAUUUCUCUAAAUGAGGUUGAAUUCCAUCGGUACCAGUGGUACUGGACAAGCUCUUAGGGAAUAAUCCCAUGUUUAUGAGGCACCCCUCCUGCAUCAUCACAACAUAAAAAACAGGCAAGGAAUCGCUAUCUCUACUCUCUCUCCAAACCACACCUGUUCUUAAUUGUUGUUUAUGAAACUGAGCCGGUACCUAACAUGCAGGCAUCUUUCGAAGGGAGCUUGAUCUCGAAAUUGGCUAUAUAUGGACCCAUGCACGCCUUGCUUUGUGUAGCUGCCCUAUCAUAUUGAAUAAGGUUUCCUAGCUUAGCCCAUCUCGGUGUCUGCUACCAAAGAGAGAAUCGCUCUAAGGGCAACCACUGUUUUGACAAAACAGCUGGCAUGUGAUAACGACUCAAUUAGUGAGAAAAUCCAUUCAUUUUGCACACCUGUACUGACUUCAUCAGCUGCCUGUUGUUUCUGCCAUGCCUAUUCUCAGCUUGAUUGCGCCAUAUCUUGGUGACGCCGAACAGUCCCAGCAGGAAUGGAUUGAUGCGCCAGCCUCCAGAGGAAAACACGAACUUUACUGGUUCCCACAAGCUGCUCCAGUGCUUCUGCUCGGUCGUCGAGGAAGGGGAGGAGCUAGACUGCCGGCCUUCCAGGCAGUCCUCCCGCACCUUCUCCGUAGUUGCCAAUAAUAAAAGAAGAAAGACGAGUGGAAAAGCAGACAAGAGUGGGUGGGUGGCUCGUGCGCCCCUCCCAGUCCCAGCGUCCUGACGGGCCAACAACCGCGUCUCCGGCGCGUGGCCUUAAGGACACACUGUUCUCCCUUACUUACCUCUCUGUGUUUCCACGCAGUCAAGGACAUUGUGGUGGGACAGUGGGAGAGAGAGGGAGAGAGCUGGCAUAUCGAGAAUAUCGAGACAUAGUCUUUCAAAAGUACCCUCCCUUAACCCAUGGAUAGGCCGGUACACCUACAUAUUCUACAUCAGCUAGCCUAUCCCGGAAGAGGUCACACUAUCUACUCAACUAAGCCAGAGCCUAUAAUGGCAUGUGGCUGCACACGUAAGCUUCUAGACAUGAAAACAUGUUUGAUCCAUUUGAUCCUGAGCGGACGAACCACUAGUGUGCACUCCCAUGGAUUCCCCAUGAAUGCUCCCACUGUACUUCGCCACCAUUCAAACCAAUUCCGCCCAGGUAGUUUAUUAAUUAUCUUAGGUCAUGUUUACUACACUGUCACUCAUACUUUAUCAUGAAUCGGAAUAUCGAUCUGGACGAGUGCACACUAGUGGGAGAUAAUCGCGAGCGGGAGAGGGAGAGAGCUGGCAUGAGCGGGUUUGGGGAGAUAAUCGCGAGCGCCGUGGGGAAACAAGUCGCGGGCAAGCUCGGUGAACUCGCCACGGAGGAGGCCACCCUGCAGUGGAAGUUCAAGGACGAUGUUGAUGUCAUGGCGGACAAGAUGCAAGAUCUGGAGGCCGUUUUGCAUGAUGCGGAUGAUAGGCUGCGUCGACGAGGAAGAGAUGGGGAAGCUGUUGGGCGGUGGCUCACCAAAUUCAAGUCCGUCGCCUACGACGUCGAGGACGUGCUGGACGAUCUGGACGCCACCGAGCUCUUAAAGAAGAGCCAACCAAAGUUGAAGCUGUUCUUUUCCUGGAACAAUCAAAUUCUCCAGCGGAUUACCAUGCCUCACAAGCUAAAGAACCUGAGGGGGGAAAUAGAAAAAAUAGGAAAGGAGGGCCAGGCUCUCAAUCUUGUGAGAAAUCAAGAACGGGCAGAAGGGAGCAGAAAAAAUGAAACUUUUGUAGGCAUCUGUGAAGAAGGCUUGAAAUCUGGAGUGGUGGGGAGGGAUAUGGAAAAGGACAAAAUAAUCAGGCUGCUGCUAAACUAUGAUGAUAACGCUAGAGAGGAUAUAUCUAUCGUCCCAAUUGUCGGGCUUGGUGGUCUAGGGAAGUCAACAUUGGCUGAAUCAGUCUUUGUAGACAAGAGGGUCAAUGACUUCGAAGUCCGAGCCUGGGUUCAUGUGUCUAAGGAGUUUGAUCUGCGCAGAAUUGGGAGUGCCAUCCUCAAAAGCAUAAAUAGCAGUAUCAACCUUGACAACUGUAGUUUGCAGUUUUUACAGGAAAAUCUCAAAAAGGAACUUGCUGGUAGAAGGUACUUGAUUGUUUUGGAUGAUCUGUGGGAAGAGGAUGCGGAUAAGCUGGAAAGGCUGAAGCAGAUGUUACAACAUGGCCGCAAGGGCAGCAGGGUUAUUGUAACAACGCGCAACCAAAGCGUAGUGAAUAAAUUGAGCACCGGUGUUCUUUCACACCAAAGAAAAAUUUGUCCCGUGCCCUACUCUGAUCAAAUCAAAUUGUAUGGUUUGUCAACUGAUGAAUGCUGGGAAGUAAUGAAGCAAACAACAUUUGGGCCUGAUGAUGACAAAAGUCACUUGGAAGAAAUUGGAAGGGAAAUUGCAGAGAAGUGCUGGGGUGUACCACUUGUGGCAAUUGCCCUUGGGCAAGUAAUGUCCGAGUUAAGGACUGUCGAGGCAUGGAAAAAACUAAGAGAUACGAACAUCGAUUUGGGUCACAGAGAUCACAAGGACACAUUGGAGCGCCUCAUGCUGAGCUAUUACUACAUGAAGCUGGAGUUCAAAAUGUGCUUCACAUACUUGGCGGCCUUUCCCAAGGGCUUCAUUAUAGAAAGUGAUCAUCUAAUUCAGCAAUGGAGGGCUCUUGGAUACAUAAUUGGAUGGGACGAUGGUAAAAGGUGCAUUAACUACCUUAUAGGGAUGUCCUUUCUUCAAAUUCCAAGGUCCUCCACUAUUAGGUCAAGUCCAGUGCAUGCCAAUGCUCCUCGAGAGCUCACCAUGCAUGAUUUGGUGCAUGAUCUUGCAACGAUAAUUUUGGGACAUGAAUCCCUUGUUCUAAAUGCUACCGAGCCGAGGACUAGGAAGAAAGCAAAACGUCGUUAUUGCCGACAUGCACAGUUGAUCAACUACCAGAAUCAGUAUAAGGUUUUCAAUGAUCUGCCAGGCAACAUCAGAUCCUUCCAUGUAAGACAUUCAGAGAAACAGCAGCUCCCGCAAAAGGCAUUUUCUAGAACCAAGUAUAUACGGGUCUUGGACCUAAGUGGAUGUUUAGUUGUGGGGCAAUUGACUCCAAGCAAGAAACUUUUGCCAUCUUCCACUCUUCAGUUGAAGCUACUUAGGUACCUAAAUGCCUCUAGCUUGCCAAUUACAUCACUUCCUGAGUCUUUCCAUACACUUCAAAAUAUGGAAACUCUAAUCCUGUCCAAUUGUUCACUUGAAACCUUGCCUGACAGUAUCUGUAGCCUCAACAAACUCUGCUAUUUGGACCUAGCUGCCAAUGCAAGCCUCAAUAAGCUCCCUGAAGAUUUUGAUUUUCUUAACAAACUCAUGUUCCUAAACAUGUCAAGUUGUUCCAAGCUAACCAAACUUCCUGACAAAUUUAGCUUGGAGUGUUUAGAACAUUUAAACUUGUCAGGUUGUCAUGAGUUAAAAAACCUUCCACAAGAUUUCGGCCAUCUUAAAAAUAUUAGGUUCUUGAACCUUUCUGGUUGCUACAAGGUUUCAGUUCUACCAGAAUCAUUUUGCCAACUGAAGCAUUUGAAAGACCUAAACCUUUCAGAGUCUCGUGCCCUUAUAGUGCUCCCUGAAGGUUUUGGCAACCUUUCAGGGCUUGAAUCUUUGAACCUUUCUGAUUGCUACAAGAUUUCAGUUCUGUCAGAAUCAUUUUGCAAAUUGACGCAUUUGAAAGAGCUAAACCUUUCAGGCUGUCGUGCCCUUACAGUGCUCCCUGAAGGUUUUGGUGACCUUUCAGAACUUCAAUCGUUGAACCUUUCUGAUUGCUACGAGAUUUCAGUUUUGCCAGAAUCGUUUUGCCAACUGAAGCAUUUGAAAGACCUAAACCUUUCAGAUUGUCGAGCCCUUAUAGUACUCCCUGAAUGUUUUGGUGACCUUUCAAAGUUGGAGUCUUUGAACCUAACAAGUUGUCCCAGGCUAGCACAGUUGCCCGAUUCAAUCUGCAAGAUGACUAAUCUGAAGUGUCUCAAUUUGUCAUAUUGUUUAGGGAUGUUAGAGCUCCCCUCCUCACUAGGUGAUCUUAAUCUCCAAAUAUUGGACAUUUCUGCUGGUGCUCUUGUUCACUUACCAGAUAGCAUCAGUAAAAUGGCUAGUCUCACCCAAUUUGUGGUCACAUCAGGGCAUCCUAGGAUGUUUGGAGAAGCCCAGGAAAUAAAGAAGCGCCUAAAAUUGCCAGGCCGCACGGUACAUAGAGUAUGCCAGAGACCUUCAGGGCGCAGCAGUAUAGUGGAGCUUGCACAUGUGAAUUGCCGUGAGCUGUUAAUUGGAUCUCUUCAGCGUGUCAAGAAACCGGAGGACGCAGAGAGAGUCAAUCUGCGUGAUAAAUCAUGUGUUCGGCAAUUAGCUCUCCACUGGAACAAGAGGAAUAUGAAUGCUGACUCGGCUCGGUCUAUUCUGGAGAGACUCAUGCCAGCUCGAAAUCUUGAACAGCUUAUGAUACAAGGAUAUUCUGGAGUGGAUUUUCCUAACUGGAUGUCGCACAUAUCCUUCCACCUCCCUUCUGUUACAUAUCUGAGUCUUUCUGAUUUACGUGCAUGUUAUGCUCUUCCUCCGUUUGGCCAGCUACCAAAUUUAAGAAGUCUAUAUCUGCAGAAAAUGCCUAACAUCACGAUGAUCGGCAUGGAAUUCUAUGGGGAGGGUGGAAUUUGUAAGAAACUAAGAUUGCUACAACUGCAGUCGAUGAAAAAUUUGGUGGCAUGGUUUACAACACGGUCAGGCGAAGAAGAUGGGGAAUUUUUAAUCCCUAAUUUGCAUAAUCUAGAGUUAAAGGACUGCCCAAAGUUGAAGUUCCGACCAUAUCCCCCUAGAAGUAUGUUUUGGUGCUUGGACAAUAGCGAUGAGGUUUUGGCAGGAAGAGAAGGAUUUGGGAAACUCUCAUCGUCCACUCUUCCUUGUCGCAUGGGCAUAAAAAAUAGCUUUCGUCCUCGUAAGUGGCGUAGACUAAAGCAUUUCCCCACUCUCGAGGAAUUCUCAUUGACCUUCUGCCACGGCUUGAGGGCCUUGCCAGAGGUCAUUCGCUGCUUCACCUCUCUCAAAAAACUAAGUUUGAUGUCGUUGGGGGACCUGGAGACGCUGCCGGAUUGGUUGGGAUAUCUCCCUUCUCUACAAGUCUUGGGCAUAAAAGAUUGUCGCAAUUUAAGAAUAUUGCCUGCAAGUAUGGGAAACCUCACUGCUCUGAGAUUACUAAUGCUUCUCGAGUGCCAAGGACUAUAUAGAUUGCCGGAAUGGCUAGGACAGCUCAGUUGCCUACGAGAACUUCAUAUCAGAGACUGCCCCAACAUCACAUCUUUGCCUGAAAGCAUAAGAAACCUUACUGCCCUGGAAGAAAUGUACAUUUCUGGUUGUUCAAGUCUGGUCCAUAGGUCCCAAAGGGAGGAUGCGUAUAAGGUUUCUCACAUCCGUAAAGUAAUAUUUGAGCCAGAAGAAGAACCAAAUGAAGAACAAGGACAAGAAGAAUCACAGGAAGCAUGGAUGGAUAGGCUAUUGAAAAUAGAUGGGGAAAACCCGUGGACACAUAGAGAGGAACGAGAAGAACUAGAGUCACGGAUGUCGGACUCAGACUCCGAACAGCUCUCUCAUUAUGGGCAAGAAGAUUCGGAAAAUGAGGAUGAUGAGCAAGAAGAUUGGUAAUUUGGUACCUAUAAGAUCUUAGUAGUUUGCUAUCAUCAUAUGCCAAAUAGCGCAUUGCUGUGGAGACCUCUAUAAUUUGCAAUCACAAUCUUAUAGGUACUCAACUACAAUGCUAGCAAUUUUCCUUUUUGAGAAAUAUAGUACAAACGCAUGCGCUUAGAGACAUGGAUGUGCAAUCUGACCACAAUGUUAUUCUUAAAAAAAAGAUAUACUACAUUAAAAGCAUUGAUCUUUACUCAUUAAUCAUAGAUCAAAUCCUAUCAAAUACACCCUCCGUUCGGAAAUACUUGUCAGCGAAAUGGAUGUAUCUAAAUGUAUUUUAGUUCUAGAUACAUUUAUUUUGAUCCAUUUAUGCAGCAAGUAUUUCCGAACGGAGGGAGUACUUGUUACAAUGUACAUCUGGUAAUUUGGAGGAGUACAAUUCUUGACCAAUGCAAAGUACUCCCUCCAUCCAGAAAUACUUGUCAUCAAAAUGAAUAAAAGGGGAUGCAUCUAGACGUAUUUUAGUCUACAUACAUCUUCUUUAUCCAUUUGGAUGACAAGUAUUUUCGGACGAAAGGAGUAUGAAAGUACUGUUGUAUC